UUCUUUUCUUUGUUCGUUCUUUCCUAACUUAUAAAUUAUAAAAAAAGAGAGAGAGAGAGAGAGAGAGCUUGCGUUUUUUCCCGGCGAGUAUGCAACGAGGCGAAAGUCGCGAAACCAAACCGAAAGCUUUCGUCUUUCUCCUUUCUUCAAUUUGUCAGCUUCGCAAGUUGUCGCCUCGGCUCUGCUGAUUCUGAAUAACAAUAAUAAUACACUCGUCGCUGUUUUCUUUUCUUUCUUUUUUUUUGUUUUUGUUUUUGGGGGUUAAAUGGUGUUUACGUGUUCGGAGAAAGAAGUGAGCAUGGCUAUGGGACCCGAGAGAUCGAAGCCUCUUCACAAUUUCAUGUUGCCUUGUUUGAAGUGGGGGAGUCAGCGCCACCUCCGCUGCACCAAACACCCCUCCGACUCCUCCACUGAAGAUCGCCGAUCUCCAGCGCCGCGCGAAUUCGACUCGCCGCCGCUCACUAAUGCCGACACCCGAACGCGCCUCACGCGGCCGCGAUUCCUCUUCGGCGACGAGGGGAUCGACGCCGUCAGGGAAAAGCUCAUGCUUGAUCUCAAGACCGAGGCCGAUAAGAUGAAGGACGCGAUUCUCGGCAAGGAGGUCUCGGAAUACAACAAUGAUGAUGUCGAGAUGAACGACGCGCCGCCGCAACCGGAGGAAGAGGCGCCGCCGCCGGUUAGUGGAGUGAGGACGUGGAAUCUGCGGACUCGGCGGGCUCCGGCGGCCGGAGGCAAAGGAGUGAGGAUUGACGAGAGGAGGGGCGGUGGAGGGUCGCCGUUGAGGAUGAAGUCGCCGAAAUUGAGAGGGUCGCCGGAGAAGGAGGAACGGCGGGCGGUGAAGUUUUCUCUGAUGCUGGCGAAGAAGGAGAUUGAGGAGGAUUUUAUGAGGAUGGUGGGCCACCGGCCUCCCCGCAGGCCCAAGAAGAGGCCCAGAAAUGUGCAGAAGCAAUUGGAUACCCUUUUCCCUGGCCAGUGGUUGUCGGAGGUUUGUGCCGAUUCCUACAAGGUUCCCGAUGAUGCUGAGACUCGCAAGAGGUAGCGUUGAGAUUGGGGAGAGGCAUUCUGUUGUUGGCUGCUUAGGAUACAUCCGAGAUAGAUGGAUGGAUGGAUGGAUGGUUUUGGUGGCUUUUGAAAUUUCAGAAAUAUAGUUUCAUUCUUUUGUUUAUAGAAUAAAUCUCUGAACAGUGAUGAUUGUUCCAGAUCACAUAUGCUUUAGGUUACUACUUUGCUUUUGAUGCUACUAUUAUGUAUGUAGCUGCAAGGAUGAAGUUAUACUGUGGGAACUUUAAACUCUUUAAUCUUAAAUUCUAGAUUAUGAAGCUUAUUCUGAGAUGGUAGUUUAAUGAAAUCUCUUGUGGUUAGUUUUGUUUACUCU